CAUCGCGAGACCCAAGUCACUUAUGCGCUGCAUCGAGCUGAUUUGUUGCGCAUUGUCCUCCACAUGGCGCCUGCCCUGACAGUCUAGAUGGUCUAUGAUACUACUACAUCGAUACGGUGUCUCAAAUAUGCAAACACAUUGGCAAAACUAGGACGAACACCUGAUAUACCAGGCCAAGUGACGUAUCUACAUUCGGACAAUAUUCAAGGUUGAAAGGGUUAUAUAAACCAUCAAAGACCGCGAGCUCCGUACUAAUUUAUUCUAUCAUCCCAAGAAAUUGCCUGCAUCUUAUACAAACUCACAUUAUUAUCAGACGAAGAAUCCAGUCAGCCACAAUGAACUUCUCACAAAUCCUUGUCGUCCUCGCGACCAUCGGUCUUGCCAGCGCUGCACCAGCCACUAGCGAUGCCUCACAGUGCACUACAGCUCAAGCCAACUCAUGCUGCACUAGCUUGACUAACGGCAUCUUGAAUGUGAACGUGCUUCCCGCACUUUGCGUUCCGCUUGUUGGAAAUUGCAACAACCAGGCCGCCUGCUGCUCCACUAAUGGAAUUGGUCUUCUCAACUGCCUGACCGUCCAGGUCUAGUCGAGAUGAUGACUAGAUGCGUACAAAUGUAUCCGAUUGGAUAUGACCAUCAAGUAACAUGAGGCCUACAUUGAGGUUGUUGCUUCUUUGUUUUUCUUAAUGCUUUGGAGGAAGUUAUGACCACGAUGCAUCGUUGUAUGGAUACACUCUUUUGACACAUAAAUGGGCCCAGACCAAUAUCUGAAUAUAAGCUAUAUUCAUCA